AUGGGCAUCAACGAAGCGACGCCGGCGGUUACCGAAGGCCACGAUCCCAAACCACCGACAACGACGGCGGUGAGAAGCCCAGAACCGCCGCCCGGAGACCACAUCAGCAACCUCCCCGACACCAUCCUCGGUGAGAUCAUCACCCUUCUCCCCACCAAGGACGGCGCUCGCACCCAAGUCCUAGCGUCACGUUGGCGCUACGUCUGGCGCUCCGCCCCUCUUAACGUUGACGUUCGUGACCUCCACGCCUAUGGGGUACAAGGGGAAGCUCUCCUCGGCGUCAUCCUUUCUUCCCACCACGGGCCCGGGCGCCGCCUGUGUCUACCUGCGCCCUAUCUUCUGUACCAAGCAAAAGCAGCGGAUGGCUCAGUUGGAUCCCUCGGAUCCCCCGCCCUUGACAACCUCCAAGAGCUGGAGCUCUACGUGGCCCCAUUUGCAAGCCGAAGCGCACAACUGCCAUCAUCGCUUUCAGCGUCCAUCUUUCGGUUCACGUCCACUCUCCGUGUCCUCACCAUCAGCCAGUACUCUCUCCGCGACUAUAUGGUUGAAACACUCCGCUUUCCCCAGCUCAAGAAACUUGCACUGGUGGAGGUCAUUAUAUCACAGUACGCGCUGCACAUUAUCCUCGCGAGCUGCCCUGUCCUGGAAAGCUUGCUUCUUGAUUACACUUUUGGCACCCGUUGUCUCCGGAUCAACUCCCCUACCAUCAGAAGCAUCGGCAUCCGUUGUGGCACAAUGGAGCUUGUCAUCGAGCAUGCGUCUUUGCUUCAAAGGUUGCUCAAUCUUGAUACAUACACACAAAUGCAAAUUUCAGUUAUAUCCGCACCUAAACUUGAGACAUUAGGCUGCAUUCCUGAAUUGUAUAGCGACUCCAAAAUUGUGUUUGGCUCAACAGUUAUUCAGGGACUGAGCAUUCAUAGCUUGACAACUGUUGUGCCUAAUGUGAAGAUCUUGGCUAUCAGGAGGUAG